AUGUGUCCCCUGCGCAUCAUCCUCGUGUUCCUCUCCGCCACCCUCGCCGGGUACUUCGCCUGGAGGUCGGUGCGGUCGCCCGCCCCUUCCCCAUUCGACCUUCCCGGCGGUGAGGUGGACGUCGACGAAAGCACUUCUGAGAAGACCGAGCGUUUUCAAAUGGGAAAGGUAGUCUCCCCUCCUCUCUCUCUCUUCUGUAUUUCCCCGUUUCUCCAAAUUAACGGCUGUUGGGCCUUUUCGUUUGCAGGCGAUCGGGAAGGGAUUCUGGGUGUUCGUGGACAUGGCGAGCGGGAGGUACCUGUGGAGAAAUCUCGGCGCGGCGGCGGCGGAGCCCGCCAAGGACAGCUGA